AUGUCAAAAGCAAUUCUCUCAACAAUUGAUGUUCCACCACCACUUCAAAAAAUUGAAAUAACGGAAAUAACGUUCUUUGCCGGCGGAGAAAGUUCUGAGCUACAUGGGAAACUACUUUAUAGGAGUCAAAAGUUAGAAAUCGUCAAAUUGACAAUAUAUGCUUUUGUUUUGAGCUCAUGUAUCCGUAGUUUGGGCCACAUACUCAUCAAGGAAAAAAAUAAAGCCAAACCAACUCUUCCUUUCCACCUUUUGAUCGUCAACAGCGAAUUAUUUGAGAGGCUACGAGAAGUUUGGUUGGAGGCAGAAAACAACCCAAUUCCAUGGCUAAUGGAGAAAAGAUUAACUGCAUUAAUAGCUGUAUUUUUAAGAGAAUACCAAAACAAAUGGGUAUUUAUGCAUUCAUAA